CACACACACACACACACACUCAUGUAGUUUUCCUUCAAAGUCAUGUUCACAUGUUGAUUUUGGCCCAAGUAUCUCAGAAUUUUUGCCAAGUCUUUGUCUGCAGAAAAUCAAGAACCCUGUUUUACUCUGUUCUUGAUCUGGAUAUUCAAAAACAUGGAUUCCUUCACAAAUCCAUCUCAAUUCAUCUACAACCCAAACUCAAAUCAAGAAUCCGAAGAAGAAGACGCGUUCUCAGGCACCCUCCAAAUCCACGUCCACCACGCCAGAAACAUCCACAACAUAUGCAUCUACGAAAACCAAGACGUAUACGCCAAAUUCUCCCUCACAUACAACCCCGACGAAACCCUUACCACCAGAACCGUCCGAGGCGGGGGCAAAAACCCCCAAUUCAACGAACACCUGAUCAUGAAAAUCAACACAGUCGACGCAGUUCUGAAGUGUGAGAUAUGGAUGAUGAGCAGAGUCAAGAACUACAUGGACGACCAGCUUCUCGGAUUUGCCUUGGUCCCGAUUUCUUCGCUUAUCGGUAAAGAAAAAGUCACCCAAGAUUUCGAUCUUUCGUCAACCGAUUUGUUCCACUCUCCAGCUGGUACGAUCAAGCUCUCGCUUUCUUUAAAUGCGAAAAAAAAUCCAGUUAAUUUGUCGCUUUCUUUCGCUGACGUGGAUUCGUCUGCGACAUCCGAGCUUUUAUUCGAUAACGAUAAAGAGAGUUCGGAAGAGUAUUGCAGUAGGGUUGAAUUUCCGGAUAUAAACGUGGCUCGAGAAAACCAGGAGAUGGUUUCGAAGUUUUUUGCAGAAAACGGUGGGACCCUUUUGAGGCCUUGGCUGGAGAAGCCCGACGGCUCGUUUCUCAGCCUCGGGGCGGCGCCUGUGGGGCCCGCCACCGAGGACUGUGAAAUGGAUUCAUCACCCGAUGGAAGUGUUCAAAACUCGGGUUUUAUGAGCUCCACUAUAACAAGUAUGAGCGACGAUCGGAAUUCUGCUGAUUCAUCGGAGAAGAAGAGCGGUAUCUUUACGGAUUUUUCGAACGGCACUAAUUCGAUUGUUGUAGAAACUCCUACUUUCUCGAAGGAGGAAAACGAGGCUGAUCUAUCGGAGGCCAAUAAAAUAAGGGACGACGAAUCGGUUAUGCAGAAACAGAUAGUUGAUAUGUACAUGAGGAGCAUGCAACAGUUUACGGAGUCUCUGGCGAAAAUGAAGCUCCCCAUGGAUUUGGAUAAGCCGACUCGAAGUUGUGAUGAUGAUGAAGAGGCAAUUCAGAAUGAUGACAAGAAAAUGGAGAUUGAAAAAAAGAGUAAGGAUAAUUCCAGGGUUUUUUAUGGUAGUAGGGCUUUUUUCUAGCAGGAAAAAUGCUUCAUUAUUAUCACCAUUUAGUGUUUUUAAGUAUUUUUAUUUAUUAUUAAUUUUUUUUAAUUAAGUUCAUAAACAUCUCUAACAAGAAAAGAUGUUGAAAUAUCCAGUGGUGUACUUUGUUCUUUCUGGCAUUAGUUUGUUUCUAUUAAUGAUUUUUUAUUUUAUUUUU